GUCUCUUCAUGAAUAAAAUUCAAAAUUGUAUCAGUAUUGCAAAUUGACACGCAACAUGGCAGCAACAAUUAUCUUUGAACAAAUGACUUAGAUAUUAUAGAAAAAGUGUAGCUGAUUUCAAUUUCUCGAGAUCUACACCCUACACAGAUCUAUAUAGAGGCAAAAAAGCAGAUCUUAUCAACAUAUCAGAAAAUUUGGCAAUGGAGAGGCAGGUUGCCGUCAUAGGAGCUGGUAUUAGUGGCCUCCUUGCCUGUAAAUACACCUUGUCAAAAGGUUUCCAUCCAAUUGUUUUCGAAUCGCAAAGCAGCGUUGGAGGGGUUUGGACCAAAACGGUGGAGACCACAAAGCUCCAGACUCCCAAGCCACUAUAUCAGUUCUCUGAUUUUCCUUGGCCAUCUUCAGUCACAGAAGAUUUUCCUAACCAACACAAAGUCUUGGACUAUGUUCAGUCAUAUGCACAACAUUUUCACUUGCUUAAGCACAUCAAAUUCAACACCAAAGUUGCUGGUAUUGAGUAUGAAGGUCCCCAGGAUGAAGAGAUUCAAUCUUGGAGUUUAUGGGGGGGCACUGGUGAGCCCUUUAGCUCCAAAGGGAAAUGGAAUGUCAUUGUGGAAGACUUGAAAACCCUUGCAACCGAGGUUUUCCAAGUGGACUUUGUAAUCGUUUGUGUGGGGCGGUUCAGUGGUCUGCCAAACAUCCCAGAAUUCCCUCCAAACAAGGGCCCGGAAGCAUUUCAUGGUAAGGUAAUACAUUUCAUGGAUUAUGCUGCCAUGGAUGAUGAAAAGGCUGCUGAAUUCAUCAAAGACAAAAGAGUCGUUGUUGUUGGGUUUCAGAAAUCUGCAUUGGACAUUGCAAUGGAGUGCUCCGCUGCAAAUGGGGGGGAAAAUCCAUGUACAGUUUUUUACAGGACUGCACACUGGAAUGUCCCUGAUUAUCAUCCUUGGGGUUUUUCACUCGCACAUAUGUAUCUUAGCCGUUUCUCAGAGUUUAUGGUUCAUAAGCCUGGUGAAGGAUUUCUCCUUGGUCUCUUAGCUACAAUUCUAGCACCUCUGAGAUGGGCAUAUUCAAAAUUUGUUGAAAGUGAUAUAAAAAGGAAGCUUCGGUUGGCAAAGCAUGGCAUGGUCCCAACACAUAGCUUCCUCCAUGAUAUCAGUUCUUGCUUGACCUCAACGGUCCCAGAAAAAUUCUACGACAAAGUUGAAGAGGGAAAAAUCAAAUUGAAAAAGGCUCCCAACUUUAGUUUCUGUCACAAUGGCGUUUUGGUUGAAGAUGAGAGUACAGCUAUAGAGGCAGACGUGGUGAUCUGGGCCACAGGAUUCAAGGGGGAAAAAAAGCUCAGAGACAUUUUUGUGUCCCAAACAUUUCAAGACUACAUAACUGGAACCCCUGAUGCAGCAAUUCCACUCUACAGGUUAAUUGUCUACAAUUGCCUUUUGCAGGUUCAGUUCUUUAAUUCUCAUUAUAUUUCUCGUUUGAUCAGGGAAUGCAUUCAGCCUAGGAUACCUCAACUAGCCGUAAUUGGAUUCUCUGAGAGUAUUGCAAAUUUGUACACCUCAGAGAUAAGAUGCCGAUGGCUAGCAGAACUUCUUGAUGGCACAUUCAAGCUACCUAGUAUUAAAGAGAUGGAAAAAGAUGUAACAAAAUGGGAUGAAUACUUGAAACAAUACUCAGGUGAAUACUAUCGUAGAAAGUGCAUCGGUGCUCUCCAUAUAUGGUAUAAUGAUCAACUGUGCAAAGAUAUGGGAUGGAACCCCAGGCGGAAGAAGGGAUUCUUUGCUGAACUUUUUGAUCCUUAUGGCCCCUUGGAUUAUGUCCCUUGAAACUUAUGGCCAUUACAGACAAUUCUAAUAUCUUGCAUUCCAAAUUCAUGUUUUCUCAUCAUUUGGGAGCAUCAAAAUGCUGCUGCUAUGAUCUUGUUUUUAUGAAUUUAAUUUAGUUCUUGUUUGUUUCUUCUUUCAAUAAAUGAGUUUUCUUAUUUCUUAUUUCGUCCUCUAUAUUAAGGCAAAGGAAAAUAGGAAUUGGAUGAGGA